UAGAUUCACGAUUGUUCAUUUUCAUCGUUAUCUGACAAGACAUAAUUAAUUUAACUCUAUCAGUAGUAGUCUACUUCUGAAAGUAAUACAUGUAGCCUAUAUAGAUCUAGUACUAGAUCUAUAUACUAUACUUGAAUAAUCCAUACCUUGUAAAAUUUUAAUUUCUUGCAAUAUCUUGAAGAAAAUAAUUUAAGAUGAACUUUGAAGGAAAAAUGAGUGACUCUGAUAAGUUGUCUAAAGCUAGAGAAUUCAAAGAGAAAGGUAAUGCUGCUCAUAAGGAAGGCAAUUUUAAACAGGCAGCUGGUAAUUAUCAUAGAGCGAUUCUAUACCUCAAAGGUCUUAGUAUCAACUGCCCUGAUGUGAUGGCCGGUUUAACUGGCGUCCCUAGUGAGGAAAUUCCAAAAAUGACAGCAAAUAUGGGGGAAGAUGCAAGACUCCUAACUUGUGAUUGCUAUAAUAAUUUGGCAGCCUGUAUGCUAAAAGAUCCAGAACCGAAGUACAGAAGAAUUAUUGAACAUUGUGACAAAGCUCUGGAAGUUUCACCAAAUAAUACAAAAGCGCUUUAUCGUAAAGGAACGUCAUUGUAUGCAUUAGGAGAUUUUGAAGAAGCUCUUAGUACUUUUGAAAAAGCACAGCCAGAUGCAAACAUCAAAAAGUUCAUUGACCUUUGUAAGAAAGGCAUCAAGAAACAGGAUAAAGAAAUGGCAGAAAAAUUCAAAGGAAUGUUUCAGUCCAGAUAAUCCAGAUUUUUGUACAUAUUUCAGUUUUUACUUUUAAAAUAUCUAAAACAAUAUUUUUAAUACCAAUCUAUUAAUGGCGUCCAUUUUUGUUGUUCUGAACUGCCUGUAUUGAAGAAUUUUUACGUUUUUGGUGUAUUUUAAAGUAUAAAAUUGGUAAGAUAAACAGCCAAUGAAAUUAUAGGUCAAUGUUCUCUAAAAAGCUAAUCAUGAUCCUAUUCUGUAAUGUUGCUACAAAAAGUUAUUUGAACAUGUUUUAAUUCUCAAAAAAGUUUCAUUUCAUUUCCUGAAGGGUUGUAUUUAAAUUGUAUUUAUUUUUUACUUAAAUAAAAUAUUUUUUUACUCAUA